AUGGCGGCCGCCGACAUUCGUGAUAUGCUGGAUUUGCCGCAAGAGAGCCAGCCCAGGCCAGCUAAGAAACAGAAGGUUGGCGAAACAAAACGCCCUGACGGCUACAGCCGGGAACUGUACGCGUUACUUGGAGAUAAAGCCCCGCCGAUCGCGCUCACGGAAAAUAAAUAUAAGGGGCGGAAGAAGUGGGCAAGCAAAUUGAAAGUGAGGCCAUGGGACAUUACGCCGUUUACCAACCCGGCAAGAUCAGACGAGCUCGUUUUGCAUCACUGGCAGAGAAAGGUUCCCCCAAAGAACUUGGAACCAUCUGGUGAAACUGCAGAAUCGAACGGUACGGCUGGAAAAACUAGCCAGCCAGAAGCGAAAGCAGAUAACGAUGACUAUGCGUUUGCAAAAUAUAAUAUUAAACCCCAGAUACCACGACGAUACACGGACGAAGAAUACGAUUGUCAUUUACAAAGUGAAAUUUGGAGCCGUGAAGAAACAGAUUAUCUUAUGGACCUCGCCACAGAGUUUGAUCUAAGAUGGAUCGUCAUUGCUGACAGGUACGAAUAUCAACCGAAGACCACUGAACCGGAAGGCAAUGCGUCAGCGCUUGUAGUGCCGGCACAGAUACGGACAAUGGAAGAUAUGAAAGCACGAUACUAUACUGUUGCUGGGAAAAUGCUGGCCAUUGAACACCCUCUGUCGGAGAUGUCACAGCCAGAAUUCAGCCUUUAUGAGACUAUGAUGAAAUUUAACGCCGAGCGAGAAAAGCAACGUAAGGAGCUUGCUACCGUACAAUUUAACCGUAGCAAAGACGAAGUUCAAGAAGAGGCUCUUUUAUUAGAAGAGUUGAAAAGAAUCGUGGCGAGUGAGCAGAGCUUCAUUGAGGAACGCAAGGAGCUCUAUAGCCGGCUAGAUGCACCCGUAAGUACUGGUAAUACCACUGUAUACCAGUCAAGUCACGGUCUAGCGCAGCUACUGCAGUCUCUAUUGCAAGCAGAUAAAAACAAGAAACGCCGCUCGCUCCUCGGUCCAGACCAGGCUCCCAGCCCAGGGGGCCAGGCUGGUGGUCAAAGCAGCUCACAAAGUGCUCGUGAGAGCCGGCCAGAAACGCCUGCGGUCACUGCGCCCUUAUCAACCAAAAAGGGCGCCGCAGCUGCCCAACAGCCUUCUAUUCGCACUCUCACACCCCUAGAAGAAGCCAAAUACGGUGUUUCGCACCAUGACCGCCUAAGCUCCGGCGUCCAAUUUCGCAACGAUAAAGCCCAGAAACUCACACAGGCAAAAUCCAAUAUUCAAUCGCAGAAGAUCUCUGCUGCUCUUACAGAACUGGACAUUCCACCGCGGCUGUUCAUGCCUACUGAAAAAGUAUGCAAAGAGUUUGAAAAACUCAUUCAGUCCGUCAAUGUCUUACUUGAUGUAAGGAAGUAUGCAGAAAAGGUCGAAGCGGAAAUCCGCGUGUUGGAAGCUGCUAAAGAAGAACGAGAAAGAAAAGAACGGGAAAAGGAUGGAACUCUUACAGGUGAAGGAGUGGAAACGUCGACGGCGGAAGGUGGUGAACCUGUGGAACCUAAUAGUGAAGCAGGCAAGGAGAGCGUCACCGUAGUAGAAGCUCCUAGCCGUUCCCCAGCAACUAAGGCCCCGGCAGCUUCAUUCCAUAAACGCAGUGCCAGUGUUCUUAGUGCUAUCAGCGAAAAGGGAACUAAAAAGCAGAAAAAAUGA